AUGCGACGCGGAGGACGCGCGCGCGCCGACGCGCCCGCGGGGCGCGCGUCGUCGUCGCCGCCGCCGCCGCGGUCCGCCGGGGCGCUCCCGCGCGCGCGAAGCGGGGAAGGGUUUCCCGCGCUGGGAGCCGCCGCCGCCGCCUCCGCGCGCGCGCUUCUCCCCGCGUCCGGAGACGCGGCGUCGACGACGGACGCGACGCGACGGAAGACCGCGCGCGGGCGCCGAGGCGGCGGCAGAGGCUCCCAGCGCGCGGCGACGCCCGCGCACCUCCCGCGCCCGCGCGGCGGCGCGGGGAGCGACCGCUCGCGCGACGACGACGACGCGGACGACGACGCGGGAGAAGUCGAAGAAGACGACGGAGAAAACCCCGGCGCCGCCUCCGUCGCGGGCGCGCUCGCGAGGAUCGACCUGUGUUCCUCGAGCGACGGCGACGACGACGACAGCGCGAAGGCGCGCGCCUCGGACGUCUCCGACUCGCCCUUCUCCGCGCGCUCGUUCGUCAGCGAGAGCGGCGACGAGUCCGACGUCGACACGGCCGACGCAAACGACGCCUCCUCCGAGGCGAGCGACGGCGGCGCGUCGAGCGACGCCGACGCCGACGCGCGCGGAGGCGCGGGCGGCGCCAAAACCGGCGCGGGGGGACCGACCGUGCGAUUCACGCUCGGCGGCUCGAAAAACCAAACGCGCGCGGGCGCGGGCGCGGGCGCGGGCGCGGGGGCGAUGCCGCCGCCGUCGAGCGUAGACCUCCCGGACACCCCCGGCGCGGCGCGCGAGGCGACGCCGCGCGCGCGCGACGCGUCCGCGCCAUCGGGAGGCGCCGCGCCGCCGGGAGAGGACGCCCGCGCCCGAACCCAGGGGACUCUCGCCGGCGGCGCCGCCGCCGCGACGACUGGCGCGUUCUCCGUGGCGCCCCCGUUCGCGGCGGCGUCGACCGCGCCGCCGCGCGCGCUCCCGUUCGGCGACGAGCAGCAGCAGCAGCAGCAGCAGCAGCAGCAGCAGCGAGGCAGCGGCGAGACCGUCACGGAGGUCGCCGAGGAAGCGGCGGCGGAGCGAGCCGCCGCGGAGGAAGCUGAGGCGCGUUCUAUACACUGGUCCCCAUACGACCGCGUUGGCGAGAACGGCCCUGAGAACGGCGCGGAAAACGCCCUGCCGCCGCCGUCCGUCGUCGUCCCGCCGCCGCCGCCGCCGCCGCCACCGCCGUCGUCCACCGCGCCGCAGACGCAGACGCAGACGCCGCAUAACGUCGUGCAGAUCGAGCCGCACGACGAAGAGCGGCGCCUCCGAGAGAUCUACGUCCCGAACACGAAGGUGGGGCUCGUCAUCGGUAAGGCGCGUUCUAUCUCACACUGGUCCCCAUACGACCCCGUUGGCGUGGGAGGCUCCCACGUCGUGUACUUCCAACACCAGUCCGGCGCGGGGAUACACAUCGCGCGCGACGGCGACGAGAUGGCGUGCGCCGGCGGGUGCAUCGGGUGGGUCGGCGCGAACGCGCACCACGCGAUCGGCGGCGACGAUGCGAGCGGCGGCGGCGGCGGCGGCGGCGACGCGACGGAGUCAAUCAAGCCCGCGGUGACCCCCGACGGCCGCCGGCGGAUCACGCUGUUGGGCGACGAGCGUCAGGCGCGUUCGGUUUUACAAAAGUUUUUUACCCAUCGCCCAGUUUCAACGUUUGAUCGAUCCCCUUUUCAACUGAUGACCGGUGAACUACAUAUUUUUGUAUGGAAUGGCCCUCAUCAGACCGCGGUGGCGGCGGACAUGAUCCGACGGCUCGUGGAGUCGUCCCCGGAACGCGGGCCGGGGGAGGUGAACGUUUCGUCCGCGAGCUCGCUGCGAAGCUACGGCGGCGGCGGCGGCGGCGGCGGCGGCGCGGGCGCGGGCGCGGGCGCGGGCGCGGGCGCGGGAGGGGUGUGGCAAGACGCGUACGGCGCAUCUUCUCAGUCCGCGUACUACGCGCCUCCGUCGACGGGUCCGAACGGCGAGAUGCUCCCCGGGCCGACGCACAACCCGUACGCCGCGCAUAACGGCGUCCCGAAUGGCGGUAUGCCGCCCGUGACGACGCCGUACGGGUGGGCGCCGUCGAUGCACGGGGAGGUGGACCCGGAGGACUUUGCCCGGCGCAUCUCUCCGCCCUCACCUCGCUUUCAAUCCCCGCCCUCGACCCUUUCAACUUCAACUGACGCCUUUGAACUCCACCCCGACUUCGCUUUGUAUGGAACGACCCUGAGCGUGCCGCACAAGAAAGUCGGCCUCGUCAUCGGCCGCGGCGGCGAGAACAUUCGCUUCCUCCAGCAGCAGACGCGCGCGCACAUCCAGAUCCAGGCGGAAUCUUUCGGCAACAGCGAGCGCCUCGUCUGCGUCCGCGGCACGAGAGACGCGUGCGCGGAGGCGGGGCGGAUGAUCCAGGACAUGAUCGACGGGCUGCUGCACAUCGGCACCGCGCGCGUCGUUCCGCCGCAGGCGCGUCCUACGUCGCGCCGGUUCCCGUACGACCGCGUUCGCGUUGUGAACGCCGAUCCUAAAAGACAUUCGCCGUCGUCCCUCUCCGCUCAGGGUCCCCCGCUUUCAAUCCCCGUCCUCGACGCCUUUCAACUCCACCACUGA